AUGUUCCUAUACUUGGCUUUUGUCGAAAGCUAUUUCAAUACAAAUGCUUUAGAGCAAGUAAGUCCGGAAGCAGUUUCAAAUAGCUACUCCGAGGAAGAUCUCGCUUAUAAAUUUAAACCAAUCGAGACUCUAACAAAAGGUGCAGAUUACAACACUGCUGAUCUUGGCUCUCUUAUUGAUACUAUCUCUAAUGAAUUUCACAUCGAUAGAGACAGACUUGACAUGUUUUUCAGAAGAGUCAAAUUUGCUCAAAGCGCAAAGCAAUUAUUUAAUAAAAUUGAUUACGGUAGAAAUAAUCAAAGAGCAAUUUUAUUCAUGAGAGGUUCAAGAUCUACAGAUCUCUACGGAGCAGUAAUUAAGGUUGUUAAAACGGGUAAUACCUACCAAGUAAAUGUUCGCGAAGCACUUACUUCUGCCUGCGUCUAUGCUAUGACAAGAAUUACAGAACGUCAUCACCAUAAUAAGAAACAAUCACUUAAGUCUCGUUUACUUAAAGGAUGGGAAGUCCAAGAAGUUUACAACAAAUUAAAUGCCCAAAUUGCUGGGUAUUUAAAUGAAUACAAGAACAUUUAA